CCCCCGUAAGCAGCAUUAUCGCUAGUGUGUUUUGCGUGUCGCCGUUGCUAGUCGCGCUUGUUGCGCGCUGGCCGAUGUUAUAUAAUUUUUUGUUUUUGACACCCAUCGCCUUUCGAAAAACCCUUUCCUUUUAUUUUAUUGGUUUUCCGGCAUAAGUUGGCUGCUGCUCAUACUACAAGAUACAUUAACAAGAUACACACAUGCUUUCAGAGACUGGUGGUAUCCGGGAAGAGCUCUUGAAGCGGUUCAUUGAGUCUGGCGAGCGCGAGCGGCUCCAGGAGAUCAUGCGCACCAAACUGCAUACCAGCGGGUGGCAAGACAGAGUUAAGGACAAGUGCCAAAAGAUUGUCCACGAGAACGCCGAUAGAAUUGAAAAGCUGACUGUCGACGACAUCGCAGAGGAGGUCACGCCCUUUGCCCGCUCAUCGGUGCCUGAGGACAUAAAGGCAGAGAUUUUGGAAGACAUCCGUGCGUUUAUCUUUCGCGCCCUGCCAGAGUCUGACAACUAGAUUUACAUUUUGUCCAACCGUGUAUCAACAUUGACCUUUUUUAUGUACGUGCAAUGCAUUAUGAGGCUGCCGUAUUGGCGAGUGCUGCCCGAGAAUCUGCUACCAUUUAAGAGAAAACGGAUACAUUGAGUGAGAUAUAAA